ACGUGGAGCUACACAAGAGCCAGCUGCUUUUUACACAUUUCAUACUGAACGCAAACGCAUCCUGGGAGACUUGACGUGCAUCACAAUCUUCUAUAUACCUUAACAAACUUACAAGGAUUUUUGUUUUCCGGCUUGUUUUCUUCCUUUAGUUGAGUGCUGCGCAAAGCUUCCAAAUCAUUGUGGUGCGUUUAUUUUACAAGGAUUAAUAAACAUAUUGCGCACUUUUUUGUUUGUUUUUCAAGCAUCAGCUUACGUGUAAUUACAUCUAAAUUGCGCACUCCAUAAUUCUUUAAUGAAUUGAUGGGGAAGAAACUCCCGGUUAUGCAGACUCCUUAAGUCAACGUCGCUUUUUUUCUUUUUUCUUUUUUAAUGCCAUGGAAGGAUCCAGCGCGUCCAGUUUUGGAAUAGACACCAUUUUAUCUUCCGCCGGUUCCUGCAGCUCGGCGCUCGCGAUGAUGGACGGAGACUUCCGGGCGGCGGAUUUCCGGAGCCGCGCGACGCCUUCGCCCUGCUCGGAUGUAGACACGGGCGCAAGGAGCCCUUCGUCCCCGAUCUCUGUCACUGCGGAGCCGCCUGAACCGCAUCCGGUGCAAGACGGCCUUCAUCAUCAUCUCCAUCAUCACCAUUAUCAUCCGGUGGCCCAAAAUCCGGCCGCAUGCGCCCCGCGGACCGCCACCUCCUCUUUUUUGAUCAAGGACAUUCUGGGCGACGGGAAGCCGCUGGCAGCGUGUGCGCCCUACAGCGCGAGCCUCGCACCCUCCCCGCAGCACCAGCGUCAGCAUCAUCACGCUCCGAAAGCAGAGAGCGCGGACUGUCUCACCCCAAAAGCGGAGCACGACGAGCACGGGGGGAAAACAGAAAAAAGAGAGGACAUUCACAACGACACAAAAUGCAACGGAACAAAAGAAGAGGGUGAUCGGGAAAUCUCGAGCUCCAGAGACAGCCCUCCUGUACGCGCUAAAAAGCCGAGGAAAGCGCGAACAGCCUUUUCGGACCAUCAGUUGAACCAACUGGAGCGCAGCUUUGAGCGCCAGAAGUACCUGAGUGUGCAGGACCGCAUGGACUUGGCAGCGGCGCUUAAUCUCACCGACACACAGGUCAAGACCUGGUACCAGAACCGACGGACGAAGUGGAAGCGGCAGACGGCGGUGGGUUUGGAACUGCUUGCGGAAGCGGGCAGCUACUCGGCGCUGCAGCGGAUGUUUCCUUCACCAUAUUUCUACCCACCGGGGCUUCUAGGCUCUGUGGACGGAACAGCAGCAGCGGCGGCGGCAGCAGCAGCGAUGUACAGCAGUGUUUAUCGGAACAGCGCACCGGCGCCGCAUCCCGCAGCCACUCUGCACAGACCGCUCGUGCCGCGCGUGCUAAUUCACGGCCUGGGCGCGAGCGGGCAACCGGCACUCAACCCGCUGGGGAACCCUGUUCCUGGCACGCCGCAUCCUCGGUAA